CGCUCCGGAGCCUGCGGGCCAGCCCCGGCAGCGAGGUGAAUUUACUGGACUCACGUACAGUAAUGGGGGAUCUUGGAUGGAUAGCCUACCCAAAAAAUGGGUGGGAAGAAAUCGGUGAGGUGGAUGAAAACUACGCUCCGAUACACACGUACCAGGUAUGCAAGGUAAUGGAACAGAAUCAGAACAACUGGCUUCUGACCAGCUGGAUCUCUAAUGAAGGGGCAUCCCGCAUCUUCAUCGAGCUCAAAUUCACCCUGAGGGACUGUAACAGCCUUCCAGGAGGACUUGGGACCUGCAAGGAGACUUUUAACAUGUAUUACUUCGAAUCAGAUGACGAAGAUGGGAGGAACAUCAAAGAAAACCAGUACAUCAAGAUUGAUACCAUUGCUGCCGACGAGAGCUUCACAGAGCUGGACCUUGGCGACAGAGUAAUGAAGCUCAACACGGAGGUGAGAGACGUUGGCCCCCUAACAAAGAAGGGAUUUUACCUCGCUUUCCAGGACGUGGGUGCCUGCAUUGCCCUGGUCUCCGUGCGCGUGUACUACAAGAAAUGCCCGUCGGUAAUCCGCAACCUGGCCCGCUUCCCCGACACCAUCACGGGUGCGGAUUCCUCGCAGCUCCUGGAGGUGUCAGGUGUCUGCAUCAACCACUCGGUGACUGAGGAGGCUCCGAAGAUGCACUGCAGUGCAGAGGGGGAGUGGCUGGUGCCCAUCGGGAAAUGCUUGUGCAAGGCAGGGUACGAGGAGAAGAACAACACCUGCCAAGUAUGCAGACCUGGGUUCUUCAAAGCUUCACCCCACAGUCCAUCCUGCAGCAAAUGCCCCCCUCACAGCUACACACUUGAUGAAGCAUCCACAUCUUGCCUGUGUGAAGAGCACUAUUUUAGGAAGGAAUCAGACCCACCUACAAUGGCCUGUACAAGACCCCCCUCUGCUCCUCGGAGUGCCAUCUCAAAUGUUAACGAGACUAGUGUCUUUCUGGAAUGGAUUCCCCCUGCUGAUACUGGUGGAAGGAAAGAUGUGUCUUAUUAUAUUGCAUGCAAGAAGUGCAGCGCACACUCGGGUCUGUGUGAGGCGUGUGGCGGUCAUGUCAGGUACCUCCCCCAGCAAACCGGCCUGAAAAACACCUCUGUCAUGAUGGUGGAUCUGCUUGCUCAUACAAACUAUACCUUUGAAAUUGAGGCAGUGAAUGGAGUGUCCGACCAGAGCCCCGGAGCCCGGCAGUUUGUGUCUGUAAAUGUAACCACAAACCAGGCAGCACCUUCUCCAGUCAGUACUGUGAAAAAAGGGAAGAUAACUAAAAAUAGCAUCUCCCUUUCCUGGCAGGAGCCAGAUCGACCCAAUGGCAUCAUCCUGGAAUACGAAAUCAAAUAUUUUGAAAAGGACCAGGAGACGAGCUACACCAUCAUCAGGUCGAAAGAGACGACGAUUACGGCGGAUGGCUUGAAGCCAGGCUCAGCGUACGUCUUCCAGAUCCGAGCCCGGACAGCUGCCGGCUACGGGGGCUUCAGCCGAAGGUUCGAGUUCGAAACCAGCCCAGUGUCAGUAGCUGCAUCCAGCGACCAGAGCCAGAUUCCUAUAAUUGUUGUGUCUGUAACAGUGGGAGUCAUUCUGCUGGCUGUUGUUAUCGGUUUCCUUCUCAGUGGAAGGCGAUGUGGCUAUAGCAAGGCUAAGCAAGAUCCAGAAGAAGAAAAGAUGCAUUUUCAUAAUGGCCACAUUAAGCUGCCUGGAGUGAGGACCUAUGUCGACCCCCAUACCUAUGAGGACCCUAAUCAAGCUGUCCACGAGUUUGCUAAGGAAAUUGAAGCUUCAUGCAUAACCAUUGAAAGAGUUAUCGGAGCUGGUGAAUUUGGGGAAGUCUGCAGUGGGAGGCUGAAGCUGCAGGGAAAGCGUGAGUUUCCAGUGGCCAUCAAAACCCUGAAGGUGGGCUACACAGAGAAACAGAGAAGAGAUUUCUUGGGAGAAGCAAGCAUCAUGGGGCAGUUUGACCACCCCAACAUCAUCCACCUGGAAGGUGUCGUCACAAAAAGCAAACCAGUAAUGAUAGUGACUGAAUACAUGGAGAAUGGCUCUCUGGAUACAUUUUUAAAGAAGAAUGAUGGGCAGUUCACAGUCAUCCAGCUGGUCGGGAUGCUACGAGGCAUCGCGUCAGGAAUGAAGUACCUGUCCGACAUGGGUUACGUGCACAGAGAUCUGGCCGCCAGAAAUAUCCUGAUCAACAGCAACUUGGUCUGCAAAGUGUCAGACUUUGGCCUCUCCAGAGUCCUAGAAGAUGACCCUGAAGCAGCAUACACAACCAGGGGAGGGAAGAUCCCCAUUCGAUGGACAGCCCCUGAAGCGAUUGCCUUCCGCAAAUUCACAUCUGCCAGCGACGUCUGGAGCUACGGCAUUGUGAUGUGGGAGGUGAUGUCCUACGGCGAGAGGCCUUACUGGGAAAUGACAAACCAAGAUGUGAUUAAAGCCGUGGAGGAAGGCUAUCGCCUGCCAAGUCCCAUGGACUGCCCUGCUGCUCUCUACCAACUAAUGCUCGACUGCUGGCAGAAAGACCGCAACAGCAGGCCCAAGUUUGACGAAAUUGUCAGCAUGUUGGACAAGCUCAUCCGUAACCCGAGCAGCUUGAAGACGUUGGUUAAUGCAUCAAGCAGGGUGUCAAAUCUGUUGGUAGAGCACAGUCCAGUUGGGAGUGGUGCCUACAGGUCCGUGGGUGAGUGGCUGGAAGCCAUCAAAAUGGGCCGAUACACAGAGAUCUUCAUGGAGAAUGGAUACAGUUCAAUGGAUGCAGUGGCUCAGGUGACCCUAGAGGAUUUGAGACGUCUGGGAGUGACACUUGUUGGUCACCAGAAGAAGAUAAUGAACAGCCUUCAAGAGAUGAAGGUCCAGUUGGUGAAUGGGAUGGUGCCGUUGUAACACGGUUUUUAAAGUUGCUUCCUCAAGUGGGUCGGUCCUGCACUUUGUACUCUAGCCCUGAGAUUUAUUUUGACUAAAAAAAACAAACAAGAAAAGAUAAAAAGGGAAAUUCGGUGCUUUCUAUAACUGAAGGACAUUGGCCUCUGCUGCAGCAUUUCUAAAGCAGUGUUUGACUAAAGUUUUGCUUUUCUUCCUAUUUGUGUCCUCAUUUUCAUGAAGUCAAUGUAAGAUGCAUGGAACGUGGAAACGAAUCUGCUGUACAUGAGGUUAACCAGUCUCUUAAGCUUCAGCGGUGAUGACAAGCCUUCCACCACGUGUUUUCUGUUCAUGGGAGGUACAUAUAUAUAUAUAGCACCUUUAUAUAUUGAAUUACAGCAACACAUGGUAAUGCUUCCAAGGACUGACUUGAAUGGAGGAUUUUUGUGGCCAUUCAUGGACUCCCAAUAGCUGCAGUCUGCUGAAGUAUAACUUGGAGUCUUACUUGUCUACAGAAGUGUAUUGAAGAGCAAUAUGAUUAGAUUAUUUCUCGAUAGAUAUUUUGUUUUGUAAAUUUAAAGAAAAGAAAAAACAAUGCUGUUACACAGCAUUAAGUUAUAGAGACUAGCAUAUAAACAUGUCGCUUGCUCCAUGGCAAAUACAAUACAGGGUGUAUAUUUUGUUUUCCUCCUUCUGUGUUACCAAGUUCUUUUUAUUUGCUCUUUGGGGAGGAUAAUAUGUGAUGAAGAUGUAUAUACUGUACAGUUUGCUACGCAUCAGGUACAAGAUUGGGGCUCAUUCCUUGGUUUGUUCCUUCUUUCCUCCAUCUUUUACUCAGCCUCCUUUUUGUGUUACCCCUAUGCUUUGUAUUUUUGCUGCAGUUUGGUUUGAUCGACACAUAAAGCCUUCAGGAGUUUUGAUUAUGUAUAUGAGAUAGAAGGAGUUUGCUUAAAUAAAGAUGUUGCCCUCCUC